AUGAAUAAUAAUAAAAGAAAAAGAUUGAACUUAGAAGAAAAAUUAAAUAUUAUUAAAACCAAGGAAACAGAAAAUCUAAGUGUUCGUGUUUUAGCAGAAAGAUUUUGCAUAAGCAAGUCACAGGUGAAUAACAUUUUACAAGAUGCGUGUAAUUUGAAAAAAUAUUACGCUGAGAACGGCAAUGAAGAUAUGAGGAGAAAAUUUUCAAAGACAUCGGAUGGAGCACUUGUAGAUAAAGUUACAUUUGAAUGGUUCUGUAGAGCCCGUUCAUAUAAUUUACCUGUUUCUAGACCAUUGCUCCAAGAGAAAGCACGAGAAGUUGCAAAUGAGGUAGGUCUAGAAAAUUUUAAAGCUUCAAAUGGUUGGCUUCAAAAAUUCCGAGAACGUCAUAACAUUUCUUUUAAAAUAUAUGUGGUGAAGGUAACUCUGUUGAUACAAGUGUCGUAG